GGCUUGGUAAAGGGACUGUGCUUUCCAUUCACCUCACCUGGGACGAUUGGCUGGAGAGAAAGAGGACGGUUCAGAGUGUAUGAAAACUGUUGACCCUGCUGGAUCCAAGUGAACGUCAACCCCAUCUCUCUCUCUCUCUCCAGCAGCCUCUGCAAGUUAAUACAUCAUCCAUUAACUCAAUACAGCGACAGUGAAGGGAUAAAAAGCCCCUCAGAUCAGGGAUCAGCCUCUUACCCACGAGUCUUGUUAGAGUCUUGUUAGAGUCUUGUCUCAGACAUGGGGAAAGGGUUCUACAUUAGCAAGACCUUGGCUGUUGUAGGCAUCUUGCUGGCAGCCGCCUCUAUAGCCACCAUCAUUGCCUUGGCGGUGGUCUACUCCGAUGAAAAAGCCAAGAACAUAGAGAGUGUGACACCCACGAAACCAUCCAGCACGGCACCCACGAAACCCUCCAGCACCACUUCACCUCCCCAGAACCCCUGGAACAGGGUCAGGCUACCGGACAGCUUGAAGCCACUAGAAUAUUCUGUAGAGCUCUGGCCUCGUUUGACACCUACAGAAGGCCUUUACACCUUCACUGGGAAGUCCGUCGUCAUCUUUGAGUGCGUGAAGGCGACCAACCUUAUUCUGAUUCACAGCAAAAAGCUGAACUUGACAGCUCCAGCGGAACUGUAUGGAUCUGCUGGCUCCACUCCACCAGCCAUUACUAAUAGCUGGAUGGAGAAAGCGACUGAGUUCCUGGUGAUCCAGCUUCAAAGCAACCUGGAAGCUGGGAAGACCUACUCGCUGUCCACCAAAUUUGUUGGAGAGCUGGCCGAUGACUUAGCUGGCUUCUAUAGGAGUGAAUACAUGGAGGAUGGAGUCAAGAAAAUUGUCGCCACCACGCAGAUGCAGGCCACAGAUGCAAGGAAAUCUUUCCCCUGCUUCGAUGAACCAGCCAUGAAAGCCCGUUUCAAUAUCACCCUGAUCCAUGAUCCCGAUCGUGUGGCCCUGUCAAACAGCCCCGUGCAGGCGACGACGCAGGAGAUUCUCAAAGGGAAGUUAAUGAACAUCACUACGUUUCAACCAACUGCAAAAAUGUCAACCUACCUGCUAGCGUUUAUAGUCUCUGACUUUAAGUUCAUAAAAAGCAUGUCAGACAACGUCUUGAUACGAAUCUGGGCUCGCCAAAAAGCCAUCAACGAGAGACAGGGAGACUAUGCAAUGAAUGUUACAGGGCCCAUCCUGAAGUACUUUGAAUCCUAUUACAAUACAACAUACCCCCUGCCGAAAUCAGACCAGAUAGCUCUACCAGACUUCAAUGCCGGGGCCAUGGAGAACUGGGGUCUGAUCACGUACCGCGAGACCGCUCUGCUGUAUGACCCACACAUCUCCUCCACCAGUAACAAGGAGAGGAUUGUGACUGUAAUCGCUCAUGAACUAGCCCACCAGUGGUUUGGAAACCUGGUGACAGUGCGCUGGUGGAACGAUCUGUGGCUGAAUGAAGGGUUCGCUUCCUACGUUGAAUAUCUUGGAGCUGAUUAUGCAGAGCCCAGCUGGAACAUUAAAGACCUGAUUGUGCUCAACGAUGUGCACAGGGUGUUUGCAGUGGACGCCCUCGCCUCCUCGCACCCUCUGAGCUCUCGGGAGGAUGAGAUCAACACCCCUGCAGAGAUCAGCGAGCUUUUCGACUCCAUCUCCUACAGCAAGGGAGCUUCAGUGUUGAGGAUGCUUUCUGAAUUCCUAACAGAAGACGUAUUUGUUGAGGGACUUCGAACGUACCUGAAAGAGUUCCAGUAUAGCAACACCGUGUACCAGGACCUCUGGGCUCACCUGCAGAUGGCAGUGGAAAGUUCGACGAUAGUUCUGCCACACAAAGUGGCAGACAUCAUGAACAGAUGGACACUUCAGAUGGGGUUCCCUGUUGUAACCAUCAACACCACGACCGGUCUCGUCACCCAGAAUCACUUUCUUGUGGACCCCGAUUCGGUCGUCAACAGGACCUCACCAUUCAACUACAUCUGGUAUGUCCCAAUUAGCUGGACGAAGUUAGGAAAUGCACAACCUCAGUACUGGCUGGACAAAACCACAGACACUAAUGCUAACAUGAAGACCGUUGGAGUUGAAUGGUUGCUGGCCAACAUCAAUUGCACCGGAUAUUUUAGGGUUAACUACGACAAAGAGAACUGGAACAGGCUUCUUCAUCAGAUGGAAACAAAUCAUAUUGUGAUCCCUGUCAUUAACAGAGCCCAGCUGAUUGACGAUGCCUUCAAUCUGGCCAGAGCAAGGUAUAUCCCGACCACACUGGCUCUGGACACCACCAAGUACCUCUCCAAAGACACAGAGUACAUGCCUUGGGAGUCGUCUAUAGACAAUCUGGGGUACUUCUCCCUCAUGUUCGAUCGCACUGAGGUGAAUGGACCCAUGCAGGCCUACCUCAGGAAGCAAGUGACCCCUCUGUUUGACUAUUAUGAAGUCAUCACUGCCAACUGGACAGUGCUACCCCCUGGACACACUGAACAGUACAACCAGAUCAAUGCUGUAAGUGUUGCCUGCAAGAACGGUGUGAAGAAGUGUCAAGAGCUGGCAUCCAGCCUCUACCAGGAAUGGAUGGACAACCCCAGUGUCAACCCGAUCCAGCCAAACCUGAGAACCAGCAUCUACUGCAGUGCCAUCUCCACAGGAGGGGCAGCUGAGUGGGACUUCGGCUGGGAGAUGUUCAAGAACGCCACUAUCGCUACCGAGGCUGACAAGCUGAGGUCAGCCCUGUCCUGCGCUACCCAACCCUGGAUCUUGAACAGGUAUCUGGAGUAUUCUCUGCAGGCAGACAAAAUCAGAAAGCAGGAUGCCACUUCAACUAUCGUCUACAUUGCCGGCAACGUCGUGGGCCAGUCACUGGCCUGGGACUUUAUUCGAUCUCAGUGGCAGACUAUCUACAACCAGUACGGCGGAGGCUCCUUCUCCUUUUCAAAUCUUAUAAACGGAGUGACGCAGAGGUUCUCCUCGGAGUUUGAGCUCAAACAGCUGGAGCAGUUCCAGAAGGAUAACGCCGAGGUUGGGUUCGGCUCGGGCACGCGGGCACUGGAACAGGCUUUAGAGAGGACCCGGGCCAACAUCAAGUGGCAGAGUGAAAACAAAGCCUCUGUGCUGGACUGGUUUAAGAGGGAAUCUCUUUAGCGAGAGAGAGAGAGAGAGAUUAAAGAGAACAUUUACCCUGUUAUCGUGCAGUUUACUACACUCUUCCUGUGCUUUCGCUAAGCACUUGCUGUGCUUCACAACAAUUCCCAUUGAUUUACCCAUGCUUUUCUAUACUUUCACUGACUUUGCAAUGGAUUUACUGCAGUAACCUUUUAUAAGUGAUGAAGAAUGACAGAAAGAAAGAAAGAAAGAAAGAAAGAAAGAAAGAAAGAAAGAAAGAAAGAAAGAAAGAAAGAAAGAAAGAAAGAAAGAAAGAUGGUCUUUAUUAAUCUGUGAAAUAUUUUUCAUAACCCACUCCAAGCUUCCCCACAAACAGCCUGGAAACCUUCCCCUCACAGGGCUGCUGUUGGGCUCCCUGCUCUGUCUGCACCUGAUGCAGGCUGCAGUAGCUGCUGGCUCCCUGCUCUGUCUGCACCUGAUGCAGGCUGCAGUAGCUGCUGGCUCCCUGCUCUGUUUGCACCUGAUGCAGGCUGCAGUAGCUGCUGGCUUCCCAGCGGCAAUGCUGGAUAGUUCCCUCCCCAGCUUAUUUCUGCAUGCUUUCUAAUGCACAAUGAACAAUAUUAAAACGGAGUCCUGUACCGGCA